AUGUCCCAAGACAAGGCGCCAAAGCUCUCCACCCAUGAAUUCGACUUGGUCAUCACGAAGCGGCGAAGGUUCCGAGCAGCAAAGGCGUGUUAUCCGUGCAGGCGACGCAAAGUCAAGUGCAACUUUGGCCAGCCUUGCGAGAGUUGCGCCAUCCGUGGACACCCCGAUCUUUGCAGUUAUACUCUAGCUCCGGAUGUCAACCACCCGUCUAGAGCUAGUAACGUCUCUAAUCCGGGCUCAUCCGCACCCAGCGAAAGCGAUGUCACGGCCGCUAGCCUUGCCAACGAUAUAUCUCAAGGACUUUAUGUGAACCCGAUUGCCCCGUAUAAUACUAGGGUUCAUCUGGGCCCGGAGUCUCUUCCCAGCCUUCUUACGACGUUUCAGAAUCUCAGCUCUCUUCAACGGCUUCAGGGAGGAAGUAGCCCGCCAAUAGCUGCUUUUAAGCCCUCAACGAAUCCGCAGACCAUAUUCGAACUUUUGUGUCUUCAGGACUCCGGGGCUUUGAUGCCAUUUGCCAAUCUAUGGAAACCGACAGACGGCCCUGAAGUAAUUUAUAGUGCUUUGCCUGAAGAUGAGCAGAUAAAGAGCUACGUUCAGUACUUUCAGACAUCGCUAUUCCGUAUUUUGCCCUUUACCAUCAAUUUCGUUCAAUUUGAAGCUGCAUUGUCUCGUUUUCUUUGCGCUAGAAGAAAUAAUCCGGAUGCAGCGUUGCAAACUCCACCAGCUGAAUGCACCUUGACCUGGUUCGGAUUACUAUUUGGUAUUCUCGCAUGUAGCGCGCAGCUUCGCUACGACCAAGAAUCUGAGCUGCUCAAAGCCGGCGUGUUUGCAUGCUGCUCUAUGCAGUGCUUGCGACUGAACAACUUCAUUUCUUUUCCUGAUACCCACACCAUCCAGGCCCUCAUACUGCUCGUCAACUUUUUGCAGAACCAAGCGAAUGCUGGGGCCUCUUGGUCCAUUUUAGGGCUGACUAUACGUCUUGCGCAAACACUCGGCCUUCAUUGUUCUCCAGACCCCGACGAUGUUGCCAUAAAACAGAAAGGCGAGGCGACUGUAAAUUACUACAUCUGGCGGUCACUAAUAUGGCAAGACACGCUGGUCUCUCUUUGGUACGGGCGGCCGUCUUGUAUUACGGUUCUGGAUGAUAUCUCGCCAGCCCAAGAGUCAUCUCGGCAGUAUCCCUUCACGCACAGCUGCAAUCACCUCUUCAUAACGGCCAAUAAGAUAAGCCAAGCUACCAAUAAGGCCAAGUUCUCCAAACGGCAGCUCUCUCUUCUUGAGAUUCGCGAUUUCAAGAAAGUAGUUGAUCAAAUUGUCGCGCGGUCUGCUUCUCACCUUCAGAAUGCCUCGGUAUGCAGAAACCGAGACGAUUGUAUCCAGCAUCAUUUCUUCCGCGAAUUUGUGGAUUCGGUGGUGCUCUGUCUCUACCGUCCAGUCAUGCUCUCGUAUGGCGAUGAGUACAGCAAAGAACUCACAGACACCCAUCUGGAGCGCUGCCGCUCUGUUCUUCGCACGUAUCUGGAACUGCUCAGGCUCGAUUGCCCGAUUCGGAGAUCGUGGGUUUUUGUUCACGUCACGCUCAGCUGUGCCCUGACGCUCGCGUUGGCUGCGAACACGCAGGAAGAUGUUUCCGAUAAGACGUUUCUAUAUGAGUUUUUGGAGACUUUCUCUCAAGCAAAUAUUUUUCCCAAUGUACCUUCAUACCAAAAUGCAUUACGACUGCUUCGACAGUCAUUAAAUGCAUGCGAUUGACUGAGCAUGAAAU